AUGCCACCACAGGCUAGAUUCGAGGGCGUCGUCGAAGAGGAACCAUCACCCUUGUCCGAACGAACAAAUCCUUCGAUUCGCAAGGUUCCUGCCAGGUUUCUGCUCGUAGAAGACCCUAUGAAAGCCCCCAUGAAUCCCGAAGAAGUUCAUCUAAUGAGGAGGGGUGAACGAAUGAUGAAGCAACCAAAGAACCAAACUAAGGAUUCUCCUAUCAAUUUCCGUGGCCAAGCGAAAUCCUUCAAAGACCAGAAGAAAAAGAAGAAAUUCACGAACAACUUCUUUCAAAACAUCGGAAAGUCAGGUUUUCGCAUACUUCCAAUACCCAAGAAGGAGUGA